AUGACCACGGAAGACAUACUCAAGUCUUUCAUGCUACAGUCCAACAAGCUCAUGGAACAGAACAACCAAAGAAUGGAGAAGAACAUCGGCACACAGAUCAGCCAGAUUUCCCAGACUGUGAGUACUAUUACUCAACCGGGAAAGUUUCCUUCGAACACCAUUAUAAAUCUCAAAGAUUGCAAAGCGGUGCAGUUGAGGAGUGGAAAAAGUUAUGAUGGACCUGCAAUGCCAUCAGAGGAUAGAGUAACAGAAAAGGGACCUGAGGAGGAGGAGUUAGUCGAGGAAGUUGAGACCGAGAUAGUACAUAUUACUUCCCCACCUAAGGAGAACGUGGCCCCAACUCUACCUACACCACCUGCAGCAGCUCACACUCCCCCUGACGUGAGGAUUCCCUAUCCUCAGCGUGUGCAGAGGAAGAAGACAGACGCACAGUUCUCGAGAUUCUUGGAUAUAUUUAGGAAGGUGCAGAUAAACAUCCCAUUGGUGGAGGCACUACAGCAAAUGCCGAGCUAUGCCAAGUUUCUGAAGGAUGUGGUUUCCAACAAGAGGAGAUGGAUGGAGUAUGAGAUGGUGAAUUUGACUGAAAGAUGCAGCGCCAUUAUUCAGAAGAAGUUGCCAGCUAAACUGAAGGAUCCUGGAAGUUUUACCAUCUCUUGCAUAGUGGGAGACUGUCAAGAAGGGAGAGCGUUAUGUGAUCUGGGGGCGAGUAUCAACCUGAUGCCCUAUUCGUUCUUCCAGAAAAUGAAGAUUGGAGUGCUCAGACCCACUACUAUAUCACUGCAGAUGGCUGAUAGAACGGUGUCAUAUCCAAAGGGGAUCGUUGAAGACAUACUUGUCAAGGUCGGGGAAUUUAUUUUUCCAACCGACUUUGUAGUACUUGAUAUGGAGGAAGAUAGACACGUCCCACUUCUCUUAGGCAGGCCCUUCUUAGCCACAGGGAGAGCACUGAUUGAUGUGCACAAAGGAGAACUUACUCUCCGACUGAAUGAUGAGAGUAUCACAUUCUCCAUUUAUGAUGCAAUGCAAAUACAUGAUGAUGAGGAUGCUUGGAGGUUCAAACCGUGUAACAUGAUUGAGGUGAUUGACGACAAUCUGCAAGUGUCUGAAUUUACGGAGGAGCUACUUUAUUUUGUGGGAGCUCUUAAUUCUGGUGGGGAGAUUCCAAGAAGGAACAACAAGUUUUUAUCCCUCAAAGAUCCGGCAGAUGAGGAAGAGAAAGAAGAGAAGAAAGAGGAACUUAAGCCGUUGCCCUCACACCUCAAGUAUGCCUUCCUUGGAGAGAAUGAGACGUAUCCGGUAAUUGUCUCCUCGUUACUUACUCCCACUGAACUCGAUAAACUGCUGCGAGUGCUCAGGAAGCAUAAGAGAGUUAUAGGAUGGUCUAUCUCAGACCUCAAAGGAAUCAGCCCUACUGUCUGCAUGCACAGGAUUCUAUUAGAAGAAGGAUCCAAACCUAAAGCACAAAAUCAAAGGAGGCUCAACCCGAUAAUGCAAAAUGUGGUGAAAAAGGAGGUAUUGAAGUUGUUGAAAGCCGGGAUUAUAUAUGCUAUUUCUGACAGUGAUUGGGUAAGUCCCACCCAAGUCGUGGCCAAGAAGGGUGGAAUGACUGUGAUUCAAGGUGGCAAUGAUGAGAUGAUAGCCACAAGACUGGUGACAGGACGGCGAGUUUGCAUCGACUACCGAAUUCUCAAUGCAGCCACGAGGAAGGACCAUUUCCCCCUCCCGUUUAUUGAUCAGAUGCUUGACAGAUUAGGGGGAUAUGAGUACUACUGCUUCCUCGAUGGCUAUUCUGGAUAUAAUCAAAUCCUGAUCGCCCCAGAGGAUCAAUAUAAAUCGGCCUUUAUUUGCCCGUAUGGUGUCUAUGCCUUCCGGAGGAUGUCUUUUGGACUGUGCAACGCCCCUGCCACGUUUCAGAGAUGUAUGAGACAUGGUGGAAGAUAUUAUGGAAGUCUUCAUGGAUGA